UUAGCUUCUACCCUCCAGGGCCUCCACUGUCUCCUCUAUAAAUAGCACCGAAACCCUUCCUUCAUAUCUCACCAAAGCUCUCAGUGCUUAACACAUCCAAUACUCCAAAGCAACAGUUCUCAAUAUUGUUUCUUGAUACACUUUCUUGCUUUCAAAAUGUAUCAAACCGAGUCAUGGGGGUCUUACAUGCCAGCAAGAACCAACCUUGGUGACCCAUUGGAACGCAUAGGAAGGCUAGCCUCAGAGAAUGCAGUGGUGAUCUUUAGCAUAAGCUCAUGUUGCAUGUGCCAUGCUAUAAAGAGGCUCUUUUGUGGCAUGGGAGUGAACCCAACAGUGUACGAGCUGGAUGAGGACCCAAGAGGUAAAGAAAUGGAGAAGGCUCUCAUGAGGCUUCUCGGUAGCUCCUCUGCUGUUCCUGUUGUUUUCAUCGGUGGCAAGCUUGUGGGUGCCAUGGAUAGAGUCAUGGCUUCUCAUAUUAACGGUACUCUUGUCCCUCUUCUCAAGGAAGCCGGUGCUCUUUGGCUUUAAUUGAUGCUUACUCUCUUCGUAUUUUAAAGGAAAUGACUUCACGUAUAGUAGCAAAUUAAAGAAAGCAGGGGAAGAGGAGUGGCGUACGUUUUGAGGGUCUCCUCCAUUUUGGAUACACUAAUGACCACUACUAAUUAUCAUCAAAUGUCUUAAUUUCUGCUUUUAA